GGAAGCGAGGGAGGGAACAAAAAGCCAGGUGUCUACUCGCCUCACUCCACUCAGCUUCAGUAAACCCGAGGCUGGGAAACUUGAUGGAAAAUUACCUUGUGACUGAGAAGGGAGGUCAGGACUGGUAGAAGCAGCAGCAGGGGAGAGGAUGGCCUGGGCCUUCAGCUGAUCAGAGGGGACCAAGGUUGGACUAUGGAGAAACUCAAAGGCCCAUCCGCUGGGUGCACCGUGGCCACCUGUGGAUGGAAAGCACUGCUUCUCCCACAGCUGAACAGACAGUCAUUGUACGUGUACGGCAGCGAGGUGGCCGUGGAGAAGGAGUGCAUCCGACAGUUGGAGAGUGGCGUCUUAGUCAUUCACCCGUUCAGCCUCAUGAGGAGUUACUACAUCAUGGGCAUGAUGGCCAUCACAUUUCUGAACCUGAUUGGGAUUCCCAUGGAGAUAGCGUUUCUGGAUGGGACCAGCGGAAUGGCAUGGGAGGGCUUUAACGUGUUCUCAGACACACUGUUCCUGAUAGACGUGGCUCUGAAUUUCCGAAUGGGCAUCAUAUCAGACGACAGCGAGGAAGCCAUUCUGGAUAUCAAGCAGAUCCGAGCCAGUUACCUGAGGACAUGGUUCAUACCAGAUGUUAUAGCAGCGUUCCCAAUCGGCUACAUUCUCCUGUUUGCGGGCUUACAAUACCACAACAAUGACAACCCUUCUAAGACCAACAAAGUGAUGAGGAUACUGAUGUUUGUGCGGAUCCUCAGCUUGAUCCGACUGGCUCGAGUGUCCAGACUGGUCAGGUUCUUCAACGAAGUAGAGAAAGUGUCAAAUGCAAACUUAGAGGUGGUCCGCCUGUUCUUCCGCAUCUUGUCUUUGUUCAUGAUGAUUUUCCUGCUGUGUCACUGGAACGGCUGCAUCCAGUAUUUUGUCCCCAUGCUGGAGGAGUUCCCCACUGACUGCUGGGUCCGGAAAGAAAACCUGAUGAAUGCCACAGUGAUCGUGAAAUACUCUUGGGGAGUAUUUCGAGCGCUCUCACAGAUGAUUGCUCUCUCCUAUGGCUCCAUGGAUGCUCCGACAAAUUAUGUUGAAAUGUGGAUCGUCAUGGUCAGCAUGGUGUCGGGCUGUCUGAUGUACACUGUCCUUGUGGCCAAUGCUACAGCCAUGAUCGCUAACGUCGACCCAGCGGCCAAGGAGUACAAGAGCAAGGUCAGCCGUCUGGAACACUACAUGGCUUUCAUGAAGCUCCCACCAGAGCUGCAGCUUCAUAUCAGCAACUACUACCAGGCUCGCUAUGGAGGGAAGUGGUUUGAUGAGAAGUACGUCAUGGACACGGUGUCCUCAGCACUCAAAGAGGUAUGA